GUUCUUUUUUUUAUUCGUAUUGCACUCAUGCUAAUUAUCUGCAGUAUGAAUGGUACACGAGCACCGCAGAGUUUGCUCAAGAUUUUAACAAGAGAAAGCGAAAUAACCAGAGACGACUGUCGCAUUUAUUAAGCAUACAUCAAAUAGGCAACGUAAUAACAGAAAUUUAAAUAGCAAAUAUUAUAGUGGGUUUUUGGUGGGUUAUUAUUUGAAGUUUGGUGAAAUAUGUGGAGUAUUUAUGUACUAUUGGCGUUAUGGAUUAGCGCUGGUGAAAUUUAUGGAUCGGAUAUUCCACCGUACAUUAAGCAAUGCCAGGAAGGAGAUCCAGAAGUUAUAAAAUGUUUCAUACAAGCUAUCCAUCACUUGAGGCCCUACCUAGAAAAAGGCAUCAAGGAAAUAGAAUUACCUUCAGUGGAGCCCUUCAAAAUGGACGAAUUAACUUUAUCAUUCACUACAGGUCCCAACGGAUACAAAGUUUCCCUAAAAAACAUCGACGUAUUCGGAGCCAGUAGAUUCCGAGUAGAAACCUUAAGAUUAGCCACGGAAAAGCGUCCUUUCGAAGCGAAAAUUCGAAUCCCACAAUUAACAAUCGAUUCUACAUAUGAAAGUAGUGGAGUUUUAAUUAUUUUGCCCGCUAGUGGAAACGGAACGUUUAAUGGCAGAUUAGAGGAUAUUUUAGCGACAGUCAGGGGAACAACGAGCGUUAUGACAAUAGAAAAUUCGAAAUAUCUUCACGUAGAUUCCCUGAAAGUCGACCUGGAUGUUAAAGACCUUGGAUUAGAAGUUAAAAACAUCUACAGAAAUAACUUGAUAUUAACGCAAGCCAUAAACUUGUUCCUUCGGCAAAACGGUAAAGAAGUUUUCAACGUCAUGCUGCCGCAACUGAAGACGAAGUUAUCGAAAUUAUUCAUGGAUAUAGCCAAUUCGCUGCUCUCGCACGUUCCCAUUGCUACGUUUUACGUGCCCAAACUAGCGCAGUCUGUAUCUUAGGAAAGGGCUAAUUCGAUUUUAUUUAUUAGCUAUAGCUGUGAAUGUUUCCGAGUUAACUAUUUUGUAUAUGUUAUUCAUAAGUCCGGUUAAGGUAAACUGUUUAAUGUAGUUUAAUAGAUACUUCGAAUGGUAACUGGACCUAAAUUUUGUGAUGAAAAGUUUGUUCGAUUUGGUAGUUUUAAAAUUAAUUUGAGAAAGUCAUUAUUUCCAAUUCAGUGAUAUUCCGUUGUAAGUGAAGUGAAUACUUUCGUCGUUUGGUAGAGAUAAUAAAGAGCGAUGAAUAUAAACUGAAUUGAAAGAAACGAAACUGAUUAAUUUCCGGCAAAAGCGCAGGUCAACUACCUUUGUCACAUUGUGUAAAAAUUUAAUAGUGUCAGCGAAGAAACCGUACGGGUAUACUUUGCGUACGAUGCUUUCAUUAACUUGCAAAGAACAAGAAUCCACAAUUAUGAAGAACACAAUAUAGAAGAUUUUGGAAAAAGCAACUUGAAUAUAGCACACCGGAUUUGUAGCAGAAGUUUAAUCGUAAAACAAUGUUUUUUUUUUAAUUUUGCACAUUUUUAAAAUUAGUAGGAGUAUCCUUUAGGAAAAUAUUGUAUAUACAUGACUCCCUAAAGAAUAUUGUUUUUGAGAUAGAUUGUGUGGCAAAAUACUCCAC